GUUCUAUCAAGCCGUUCUCGAAAUCUAUGAAUAACUGAUGCAUGCUGGUGAUCGCUCAUUUCACUAUUUCAAAGCAACUGAACUGCAUAUUGUGUAUCCAACUGUACAUGAACACACUAGUUCCAACAUUCCGUGCCAACUGAAGGCUUUCAACUACCUCUCUCGCUCAACUAAGUCGGAGUAAUGAAGUGAUACCUCGGAAUUCCAGAUUCAUUGCGAACGCCGAGGACGAACUAGUUAUUAACGAUGAAAUAUUAUUAAAUUUGUGUGAUAUUUUAGAAGAUUACAUAUAAGUACGCAAUAUCCGCAUACGUAUUCUCCAGUUUUAAUAAUAUUGCUAGUCAUUUAAUUUAGUAGUGGAAAUGAGGCUUUCAUGUCAAGAAAUUAACAGCUGUGUGUUCAUCUUCUGUAACAUCUAUUUAUUUGGGUGCUUUCGCUAAGCUAAUUAGCACAACUGGUAAAGAGGUUAAAAGGGAGUUAGAUAAGAGCAACCUGCUAGUUACGGUAAAAUAAAAGUUCAGUGACCAAUCUGUUAGUAAAUCAUAAGAUAAGUGACUCCUAAUGUGAUUAACUCUGUAACCGAAUGACCUAAAUCCCAAAGUGUUGGUAAAAUUUUCCCGGUAAGUUUCCCCUCGCAAUUGCUUCUUGCGAUAGUGUGAUCGACAGUUGCGUAUACCCGCCAUUUCGUCGAUCCAAAUUGACUCGAUUCUUGUUCGCUGCGAGGAUUAAUUUAGUCCAGCGAAUCGUUACUGGAUUUCGGCGCGUGAUAGUUUCCGAUCACGGGAGCGGAGGAAAUUCUUUGUACGAUGACAGGAAACAUGUUGGUGUUGGCGCCGGCGGGGGUUCCGAAAGCGAGCUGCGACUUGUUGUCCGCUGGAUUGGACCAUAUUCAGCAAAUAAGAACGGCCGAUGGGGGUUUCGGAAAUCGUUGUGGGAUGGAUGAUAUCCAUAUAAUUACUGCAGCUUCGGGAUAAGUUCAAUGAUGGGAGGCGUUCUCAGUCGGAGGAAAUGGUGCAUGCUAAGUGUUUGUUCUAAUGUCACAAUGAGGUCUACCCGCAAACAAAAAGCAGAGCCAUAAGGAGGAGGAAGCUGGAACAGCACACAGUUGGAAGAACAGCAGGCAGAGUCAUUGACAUCAAAUCCCAGAUAAGGUAUCUCUUCCCUCCGGCUGUGUUCUUUUUCUUCUUUUCCUUUCCUCCUUCGUUCUGUCUUCCAUCUGGGUAUGUUACUGCUCAUGUCUCACUCGCUUUUUCCUCUCCUUUUCCCCUGUUGUUGGGGUCUUCUCUUUGUGAAUUAUUUUUAUUUGGAAUUUAUGUUACCAUCACCCGAUAAAAUAAAAUAAAAUAAAAUCGGAACAUUUCUAGACCAGAAGUCAAUAGCUUGCCUUCUCACCUAAACAUUAAUUAAUAGGGAAGGGAACACACUACUAGUUUUAGACAAAGUAGAUGCUCAAAUCAGGGAUUGGAUGGGUCUAUCGCUGCUCUGCAUUGUCUGCAGGCUCUUAAGUCAAUGUAUCUGCAUUCAUUAGUUAAUAGAAAAAGGCAAGUUUUGAGAUUGGAUCUUGCUGAUGUGCUGUGCUCACAUUCUGUAUCUUCACGCAGAUCCACAUCUCUAACUUCAGAAACUUCCUUUCCCUUGCACCUGUCCCUUGAGUAGUCACUUGCAAACACACUGCCUUUUCUUUUUAGCUGCUCUUUUUCACCUAACCCGAAAAUGGCAGCUGCUCUUGCUGGGUUCGUCCUAAAGCAGUUGGCUUCCCUAGCAGUUGAUAAGGCAAGUCUGCUUUGGAAUCUCAAAAGCGACAUUCUGAAGCUGCAAAACACAGUUUCCAGCAUCCAAGCCGUGCUGCUGGAUGCAGAGGGGCAGUCUGGUAAGAAUCAUCAGGUCCAGCUAUGGUUGAAAAGACUCGAAGCAGUCCUUUAUGAUGCUGAAGACUUGUUGGACGACUUCUCCACAGAGGUUCUCCGGAGGAAACAAAUGGAUGGCAAUGUCGUUGCGAAUGAGGUAUCCCUCUUCUGUUCUGAAUCCAACCAAGUUGCUUAUGGACUGGAAAUCGCUAAUCAGAUUAAGCUCAUUCAGAGCAAGCUAGAGGAGAUUGAUCAGGACAGGAAUCAGUUUUAUUUCCAGACAUUUCCUGUCUCUGAUGACAAGGAGUGGAGGGAAACUUACUCCUCUAUCCCUGAUGUGGUUGUUGGGAGAGAAGAAGAUAAGCGAAAAAUAAUAGACAUGUUGCUGCUGUCUGGUUAUAAGGAGAAAGUUGUUGUCGUCCCAAUAAUUGGGAUUGGGGGAUUGGGGAAAACUACAUUGGCGCAACUCAUUUACAACGAUGACAUAAUCAAAACUCAUUUUGUUUGUAAAGUUUGGGUGUGCGUAGCUGAGAAUUUUGAUCCAAAACUCCUUGUUAAUAGGAUUUUGGAGUCAAUAACCAAGGAAAAGGUGGGAGAUCUUGCCUUGGACACGCUCAAGGAUCUUCUUCAUGAGAAAAUCAAGAACAAACAUAUAUUGUUGGUCUUGGAUGAUGUCUGGAAUGAUGAUAGGGGAAAGUGGGAUCGCUUCAAGAAUCUAUUUGCAAGUAGUCCGGCCGAAGGUAUCAGAAUAAUGGUAACCACCCGUAGUCUUAACAUCGCGAAGCUGACAGCGACCAAGCUGAUUGUGCCGCAUGAGUUGCAAGGUUUGUCUGAGCACGAGUCUUGGUCGUUGUUCAAAAAGAUGGCUUUUGGGGAAGGAGUAGAGCCAAGUCAAAGAUAUGUGGAGAUAGGGAAAAAGAUUUUGAGGAAAUGUUAUGGAGUGCCGUUAGUCGUAAGAACAAUGGGCGGUCUAUUAUCUUCCAAGGAGACUGAGACCGAGUGGAAGGCAAUAAGCGAGGAGCAACUGUUGAGCCUUGCUAGAGAGGAUAGUGACAUUUUGGCUACUCUUAAGUUGAGUUAUGAUAAUUUGCCUUCCAAUUUGAAACGAUGUUUCGCCUACUCCAGCUUGUUCCCAAAAGACUAUAAAAUUGAUGUGAAAACAUUGGUGCAACUGUGGAUGGCCCAAGGGUAUAUCACCAAGUCCAGUCAAUCUUCACUCCUUGAAGAUGUUGGAGUUGAAUAUUUUAAGAAUCUGUUGUGGAGGUCCUUCUUUCAAGAGGUGACAAAGGAUGAUGAUGGAAAUAUGGAGUCCUGUAAGAUGCAUGAUUUAAUGCACGAUCUUGCUGUCGCAGUUGCAGGGGAGGAGAUCAAAUGCUUCAGUGUAGAUAGCACUGGUAGUGGUAGCCUUCUUAAUGUUGGUGAUGUCAAUCUUGAAAGGAUACGGCACAUAUCAAUCGAUUUACAGGAUAGAAAUAGAUUGUGGUCUGAUAUUGCAUGGGAAGCUCCGGCUCUUUUAGCUAAAGCAACAAGGCUUCGAACGUUACUUAUCUUAAAGAAUUGUAGCAGAGGUGCUGAGUUGGACAUAAGCUGUGGGAGGAUCUUUUCGGAGAUGACUAGGCUGAGAGUGUUUGGUCUCGGAGGUGCUAAAAUCGAGAUUUCCUCUUUUUUCUUCUAUAAACUGAAACAUCUUAGAUACCUUGAUCUUUCUAGCAACGAGAUGGAGACACUCCCGAACGAAAUGACAAGUUUGGUAAACUUGCAAGUGCUCGACCUGAAUUUCUGUCAAAGACUUUGGUUACUGCCGACAGGCUUAGGGAAGCUGUCCAAUCUUGUGUAUCUUGACCUAUAUGGUUGUUCGGAUUUGAGUUGCAUACCAGCUGGGAUCGAGAACCUUUCCUUACUCAGAGAAUUCCCUUUCUUUAUAUUGGCAAAAGCAGCCGCAGACAGCUCAAGAGAAACUGCUGCUUGUCUGGGCGAAUUGCAGAGUUUGGACAACCUAAAUGGGAGGUUGGUUAUUACAAAUCUGGAAUGGGUGAAGGAUAAAUCUGAUGCAGAGGCAGCCAAUUUAAAGGAGAAAUCACAACUUCGAACCUUGGAACUAUUUUGGAGUCCUGCCAAUAAUUAUAAUAUGGCGGCUAGGAGAGGAUGUGAUCACGAGAGGUCCAUACUGGAGGGGUUACAACCACAUCCGAAUUUAAAGCGGAUACUAAUGCAAUUCUAUGGCGGGUCGAGCAUUCCCACAACAAGUGGCUGGUUCUCUUCUCUCAGGAAUCUGGUUGAGAUCGGGCUAUUUUACUGUGGGAAACUGCAGAGUCUGCCAUCGUUGGCUCCUUUAGUGUUUCUUCAAGCUUUGAAGUUAUAUGGAUUAGAUAGCUUAGAGUACGUACAAAGCGAGACAGUAGCAUCGUCAUCAUCCCCUUCUUCAAACAAUGAUUUGCAGUUUCUCCCUUCUCUGGAGUCUUUAUUUAUUGAGGAGUGUCGAAACCUGAUAGGUUGGUCCGCCAGAGAUACAGAAGACAAGUCGCCUCCAUUACCUCGGGUUUCCACCUUGAAGAUUGGUGGCUGCCCGAAAAUGGUAUCUGUCCCGCGCUUUCUGGUAAACUUUGACGAGGUUGAGUUGAAGGAUGUGAGCAGUGAGCUGUUGGGUGCGUUUGGUGCCUCGCUGGUUUCUCCCUCGGCACACCCUCGAUUUGAGCAGUUGUCUCUCGAGUGCGCGAAAGAUUUCCCACAAGGGUCGACGCUAAAUCUUACUUCCCUUGUGAUGCUAUGCAUAUCACAUUGCGAUGACUUGACUACUCUGUCUCCAUCUAUUCUUCGACAUCUCUCUUCCCUCCAGGAGCUUCACAUUCAGUACUGUGAAAUUUUGGAACUAGAGGAUGGGGAUGGUGAUGAUAUGUUGCCGCAGCAGGUUCUUCCAAGCCUCCGUAUCUUAACGGUCAGAAAAGUUCCUAAGUUGGUUGCUCUACCUAAGUGGUUUCAGCACUCCUCAAAUUUGCAGCAGCUGGAGUUAUACGGCUGUGACAACCUUAAGUGCUUACCAAAUUGGCUCACAGAGCUCACUGCCUUGGAGACUUUGAUCCUACCAUAUCAUGGUUAUAUAUCUUCGAGAUGCAGAAAGAGCACCGGCGAGGACUGGCCCAACAUUUCUCACAUCCCGAAUAUCCAAGUUGAUGGUAAAUAUGUUCAACAGGGCGGCCGCUAUCUGGGAAUUUUCGAAGAAGAAGAUGAUGAUGAUGAUAGCGAGGAAGGAGAUAUUGAAGGAGGGGAAGAAGUAGAAGCAGAACAACAACAACAACAACAAGGAGCAUCCUGGCACAUCCAAAUCUCAAGGUUGUCAGAGAAUUGCUUUGCAAGGAUUACUUGCAACCUAUUCGAGAAAUGUUUUCUCCCUUAGCACCUGACCUCAAAAUUGCCACUACGACUAUCUGUCUUCCCUUAAACUGAUGGAUUGAAGAAAGGUACUCACUUCUCCCUUGCACUCUUUACAAUCAUUCUAUACGCGUAUGAAAUGCUUGGCUCUUUGAUUCCUGUAACUCCUUAACAUUUUAAUUGGUGUAUUCUUCUGUAGGCCGCAAACAAAGGAUAGCUUGGUUCAUUUAUUUUGUUUACGGAAGAACACAACCACCAGCAACCGCCAUAUUUAGUAAGAGAUUAUUAACCUACCAUAACUAAUACAAAUCAUAUUGUUCUUCAAUGAUUCGUAUACAACCUACUCAAACAAGCAUUAUAUGCAGAUUUAGGGUUACAGUUGAAACAAUAGUUGGCUCAUUCUGUUAGUAGUUUACCAGCAAGCAAAGGGAAGAGUGGCGGGUCAGAUUAUAUAGCAUGAUUAAUUAGCAUAAGCACCAGAUUAACCCAAAUCAUUGGAACAAGAUAAUGAAGAUAACUAGAUAAGUUUAUAAUUAGAAACAGAAUCAUUUUAUCCUACACUUUGUCCUCAAGUUCUGUCUUGUCUAAGAGGAAAACGUUAAUUACUGUUAACUUCCUCCGUUUGUAGUUAGUUAGUGGUUGUUGACUUGCUGUCAUUGUAAACGCAUAAUUCAGUUAAGGUGCUUUUAGGGGUUCUUGUAUGUACGUGCUUACGAUGUUGGGUCGGACCUAGAAAUUUCAUUAAAGGUAUUAGAAGAUAGAUCAAAAUCUCUAAAGAUUGUUUAAUAGUUUCCAAUCUUAAUACUACCAUCACUAAUAUAAAACUUUACGCAAGUUUUAUGUUCGAGUUUUGAAUUUAAUAGAUUUCUCAAUUGACAAUCCAUUCUUCUAAUUGGGUCCGCCCCUGGUUCUGGUUGGGUCACUCAAUAACAAUUGAUAUAAAUUAUUACUACUGCGUGUAUUCAAUAAUUGUAAAAUACGGUUUCAUAAAAAGUAUAAUUGUAAAAUACGAGAUACACAAUUAAAUAACGUAAACAUGUACCAAAAACCCCUUAUCGGGUUUGCUUGGAAAAUAAAUAUUUUACUCGGCAUGCAAUCAGUAACAAUCAUGCUGCAUGGCAACUUGGUGAAAUAUCUUCAUCCAUAAUGUUGUUUAAAAAUAUGAAAUGAUUUUUUAUUCUUUGGUUAGCAAUUUUUUUAAAUUUUGAUAAGUCACAUCCCAAAGAUUAUAGAAUACUAGCUAGGUAAGCUGCCCUGACAUCAAUAUAAUUUUGUAUGUUUUAAAGCCAAGGAGAAAUUGAUAUUUAGUUUGUGUGAUAUGGCAGUAUAACAACAAAUUGGUACUGGAUAUUCCAUUAAUUGAUGAUGAAAUAUUCUCUGAAGAAAUGUGUAGCCCCAGGGUUCCACAUAUUAUAUAUGUUCUGGUAAAGAUUAGAUAACGACCAAAACUUGUUCAUGACCUUCUCUAUGUGUUUUCUAACCCGUACAUAGCAGAACUCCUUGCAGCUAGGGAGGCAAUCUCGCUUGCAAUUUCUAGAAGUUUGGCUCGUAUCAUCUUUGAAGGAGAUGCAGAAGUGGUCAUUUGUCAGCUCAAGCUCGGUGUGGUGGAGGAUUCGUCUGGUGGUCCGCUGCUUAGAGAUUGUCAUUUUCUUCUUCAGUCUUUUCCUCAUUGUAUAGACUGUAGAGCUGUUCCGCGGACAGCCAACUGGGCUGCUCAUAGAGUGGCACGCAAAGCCCUGUUGUUGUCCCGGUUAGAAUUAGCUUCUUUUUAUUUUGUUGGGUGACUAGCUAGUGGGAUAGGAAGGGAUUGUGGGUAGUGUUAUUUCUAACUAUUCUCUUGGCAUUUCUUUGAUAUGUAGUUAUAUAAGAGCCGUGACGGACCCGGAAAUGUAUUCAAGGAUAAAUUCAUAAAAAUAAGGUACAUAGAUUCAUAAAUUUUCAGAGCAAGACACAACAUGUUUUCAUAUUUAUGUAAGUUUCUAAAAUACAUUUAUCACUUAUACCGUGACUCACACCUUUCUUAAUGAGCGUAACCAAGCAAUCAUGCAUUCAUAACAGGUUUCACAUGUAAUUAUGAAGAUCAUUCUUGAUAAAUUUCAUGAUUGAAAAGACCCUUUAAAUUUUUUGCAAUUGCAAAAGGUAAAAAAAAUCAACUCUAAUUUAAUAAGUAAGAAAAUUAAAAUAUAAUAAUUAACUUUUCCUGUCUCUACCAUUGAUUUGACCUAGCUAGGUUAUUGAUUCUCCACAAUCCUUUGAAGGCCUCAUGCAUACGGACAUACCCUUUAUAGAUUUAGAAAUUAAUUUACGUUCUAGAAAUGAAAUCGGUAAUAAAUACAUUUGCUUUGUAUUUUUAUAACAACAAUUGAAUUGUUUGUAGCUUACCUAAAACAUUCGUUUAAAAUUGUAAGGGUUGUCAAAUGGUUUAGGAUUGAAAUACAACAACUAAUGCCAAUAUAAAUUUCAUCAAAGUAACUUGGUCCCAAAUUUAUAGUUAAGGUUUGUCAAGUGACAACCCUACAAUAUGAAUGGGUCCGCCCCUGUAUAGAAGAGUCGGAUGGUAAUCGUUGAUCUUUUGUUCUGAGACAUUAUCGUAUUGACUCAUAACUAAUACAAGAUGAAACAUGAUAUAAAUUUGUUUUCUGAUGAUUCAUCAUAUUCUUGUCAUACACACGUAGUUAAGCUUCCUUUUAAAUUGUACUCAUACUUGUUAUAAUCAAAUCAUUUUGUAACA